AUGGUGAAGAUCGAAAAGUUUGAAGUUGAUCAUUGGAUCUUAACUCGCAGCACAGCUGUCGAGCACAACCUUGCACAUUCCUACUGUCUUCCUAGAUCAAUCGAUGGUAUACGGGAUGAAUUCAACUCUAAUACAGACGUGGACAUCUUGUCUCCUAUUCUCUCAAAAUCAUUGGACUAUGGCCCUAUGAAAGGAUGUGAAGAUUUACGAUCAAAGAUCUCGCAUUUUUACUCGAGUGAAUCAUUUGGUCAACUGGCGAUGGAAAAUAUUGUCACUACACCUGGCGCAUCAUUGGCAAACUUUCUUGUUUUGUUUUCUUUGCUAGGCCCAGGCGAUCAUGCCAUCGUGCAAUACCCUACAUAUCAACAACUAUACUCCCUCCCGAAAUCCUUCGGGGCGGAUCUGAGCUUUUGGAAAUCAAAAGAGGAUGAUGACUGGAGACUUGAUUUGCCUGAUCUUAAGAGCUUGAUUCGACCGAAUACGAAAAUGAUCAUCAUCAGCAAUCCACAAAACCCGACAGGUGCAAUCAUCGGAAAACAAAAACUCGAAGAGAUUGUGCAAAUUGCAAGAAGUCAUUCUAUAAUUCUCUUCAGCGACGAAGUCUACCGCCCACUUUUCCACUCGAUCUCCCCAGCAGAUCCGGAAUACCCACCCUCGAUCUUAUCAAUGGGUUACGAAAACGUAAUCGCCACGAGCUCCCUAUCCAAAGCAUAUUCUGUAGCCGGGCUGCGCAUUGGAUGGAUCGCGUCCCAUAACCACGAAAUCAUCGAUUUAUGUGUCAAUGCACGCUCAUAUGCCCUCAUCACUGCUAGCCAGAUCGACGAACAUUUUGCGUCUUUUAUACUGAACCCUCUUUAUGCAGACAGAUUGAUAGAUAAGAAUCGCUCCCUGGCAAAACGCAACGUUGACAUUGUUCAGACCUUUAUUGACAGGAAUAGCACAAUCUGUGAAUGGGUCAAGCCCACGGGAGCGCCGAUAGGAUUCAUCAAGUUCACAAGAUCCGCUCAACCCGUUGAUGAUCUGGAUUUUUGCAAUAAACUCCUGGAAAAGAAAGGAGUUCUUCUUGUACCCGGGCAGAAAUGCUUCGGAGAUGAUGUUAAUUUUCCUGGUUACGUUCGUCUUGGCUUUGGAGGUGAUACAAGGCAGCUGGAAGCUGGCCUGGAGGCUAUGCAAGGUUUCCUUGAAAGUGAUUAUAGAGAUGUCCCUCUAUACACUCAACAAUAG